UAUUCAGGCCAACCCUUAAUGUCGUAUAGAGUUACAGAAAUUACACAGCCUUGUUUGGCGUCUUUUCUCAGGUUUUGGCUCUGUUUCUCCAUGGUCCUCUCUUGUGUCAUCUUAACUCUCAGCUGCAUGUGAGCUGUGAGAGUUUCUCUGCUGCUCUCAGAGUUUCAUCAGGAUUCAGAAGCCGGUCUGGUCCUCUCUCAUGUCACUUGUCUCAGGAGGAGUCCACAUUAAGCUCCCAGGGAAGUGAGAACCGUCUCCGGCCACAGAGAAAAAAAUAUUCUUGGUCAUAAGCAGCUGCUUGAGCUCAACGCUCUUAUUCUGCCUCGCUGAUGAGAACUCAAAAGUGCUGCAGGACGAAGUGCUCACAACAAAUCCUCUGCAGACGGGAGGAGAGUUUAAAUAUUCAGAGAUGGGUUUUGGAGAGGACCUGCGCUGCCCUCAGGCUCAUGCUGCUGUCAUGCGGCUGCUGGACUCAGAGCAUCACCUGAUGGAGGUCAUGAAGAAGUGGAUGGGUCAGCGGGCGAAGAGUGAGAGGGAGUUUUCAGUGCAGCUGCACCACAUGGCUGCCAUGGCAGAGAAGCUGGACCGGCCUCAGCCCGGGGCAGGACAGGACUACAUCAGCCAGCUCCACAAGUCAUGGAGCGUGCUGGUCUCUCAGACAGACGCCCUCAGUCAGGUGACGAAGAAACGCUCUGAGGAUCUUCUGAACGGUCCCAUCAGCAAACUGACGCUGCUCAUCAGGGACAAACAGCAGCUCCGAAAAACCUACGCAGAGCAGUGGAACCUGCUGAGGCAGGAACUCAGCAAGGUGACCCAGACAGAGCUGGAGAGGCUGAGGAGCAGCUACAGACAGGCAGCGAGAGAUGCAGCUCAGGCUAAGAGGAAGUACCAGGAGGCUAAUAAAGAUAAAGAGCGAGACAAGGCUAAAGAGCGAUACGUAAAGGCUUCACUGAAACUCUACGAGCUGCAUAAUGAGUAUGUGCUGUCAGUGCAAGCGGCUCAAGUUUACCACCAACACCACUACAGCCAGAUCCAGCCGGCCCUGCUGAGUGCACUGCAGACCCUGCAGCAGGAGAUGGUGCUCAUACUAAAGGAGAUCCUGCAGGAGUAUUUUGACAUCUCCUCUCUCCUCCAUCAUGAAGUGGUGCGGAUCCACAGGGAGAUAUCUUCUGCUCUAACGGCCAUCGAUCCACACCGAGAAUAUGAGAGCUUCGUCCAACAGAACAGGUCUGUUGGGGAGACUCCUGCUUGUGUAGACUUUGAUAGCAUUCUUCUGGAGGACACAGAGCAGCUGAAUCCCAGAGAGAUUGAACUGAACGACCUCACCAUCGAGACCGUCCAGCACAAGCUGACUGCGGUGGAGGAGGAGCUGCUGGAUCUGGCUCGGACUCUGAGCUCCCAGCAGACUUCGGUGGAACAGCUUGAGCUGGAGCUCGACGCAGAGAGGGAAGGCGUCAAGAAGGGCCAGAGGGUCUACCAGUUCAGCAAGAGACAGGCGAUGGAGGAGUGCCGGCAGCAGGUCGCUCUGUCUCAGGGAGUCAGAGCCAAGCUGGAGGUUCAGAGGCUUCUUCUGAAGGACAAACUGGACCAGCUGGGUUCCAAAGAACCUCCCUGUGCUCUGAAGCUCGACUCAGACACCGUCUCACUGUCGUCCAACAUGAGCAACGGCCCCAGCCAAAAUCCUUCCAAACUCCUCAUGGACGGGAUCAAAAACAAUCUGAGUGGCCUGUUUAAACCCAAAUGGGAGGUGCCUCCGGCGCUCACCCUGGUUCAGGAGGUGGACCGUCCUCUGGGGCAGCAGAACUGGUACCACGGCGCCAUCCCCAGACCGGAAGUCCAGCAGCUGCUGAAGCAUGACGGGGACUUUUUAGUGAGGAAGAGUCAAGAGAAACAUGGCUAUGUGCUCUCUGUGCAGUGGGGAGGAUCCUGCAAGCAUUUCCUCAUUCAGAACACAGAUAAUCUGUACCGUCUGGACGGUGAAAGCUUCCACAGCAUCCCGCAGCUGAUCCAUCAUCUGCUGUCCUCACGACAACACGUCACCAAGAGAUCCGACAUUGUGCUGAAGAAACCUGUAGUGAAGGACAAGUGGGUCCUGGAACAUGAUGAUAUUAUCUUGGGUCCCCUCAUUGGAGGGGGAAACUUUGGAGAAGUGUACAGUGGUCGUUUACGCUCUGACAACACUCCUGUCGCAGUUAAAUCCUGUAAGGAGAACCUGGCCCCGGAGCACAAGAGCAAGUUCCUGAUGGAGGCCAGGAUCCUGAAGCAGUACGAACAUCCGAACAUUGUGAAGCUGAUCGGAGUGUGCACUCAGAAACAGCCCAUCUACAUCAUCAUGGAGCUUGUUCAGGGUGGUGAUUUUCUCUCCUUUUUACGGCAAGAGAGUCAUGAUCUGAAGCCGAAGACGUUGAUCAAAAUGACAGAAAAUGUAGCAUCUGGCAUGGAGUUCCUGGAGAGCAAGAAGUGUAUCCACAGGGACCUGGCAGCCAGAAACUGUCUGGUUGCAGACAACAAUGUGGUGAAGAUCAGCGACUUUGGGAUGUCCCGUCAGCAAGAUGACGGAGUCUACUCUGCAGAGGGCGGCCUCAGACAGGUCCCUGUCAAGUGGACGGCUCCGGAGGCCCUGAACUAUGGUCGUUAUACCACGGAGAGUGACGUGUGGAGCUUUGGAGUGCUGCUGUGGGAGGCUUUCUCCAUGGGAAUGACGCCAUACACAAGCAUGACCAACCAACAGACACGAGACGAGGUGGAGAAAGGUUACCGUAUGCCCGCUCCACAUGGCUGCCCUGCGGAAAUUAACAAGAUUAUGAACAACUGCUGGCAGUACGAACCCAAAAAUAGGCCGUCUUUCAAGAAACUUCGGGUUGAGCUCAGUGCCAUAUACAACAAAAUUACGUAAUUCAACCCUGUCAACUGGAAAUCUACCAGACUUUUUCAGUUUUGCAUCUUUUAUCUCCCAUGGAAAAUGUGUUAGUAGGGUCUGAACACUGAAACAGAUCUCCAAGAGAUAAUAGAGAUUAAUAUAUAAUAUCAUAUCAUAAAUAAAUCCUUUUGUUGUGUAAAUAAACUUGGAGAUUGAG